AGGGACCAAGUUUGGGAAAGGCAUUUUGGUGAAGUUCAAGUAUUGGCUCUUUGCUUUUCAAUUAUUUCAGUGAUAGACAAAUUCUUCUCAAAUCUCAUUUGUUGGAAGAGAUAACAUUACAAUGGCUUGUUUCUCAAACAUAGGUGCCAUUUGCAAAGUUACAUCUCCUAUUUCUCUUAGUAUUAGAGCUCUGUUUCCUACUUACCCCAGUUGCACUCAUUCCCAAAUCUCUCCCUCUCGUUCUUGCAGAUUUGGUAUCAAAAGCAGUUACGCUGAAGCUGUUAGAGAGAAUACUAACUCGGGUGCAAUUGAUGUUGAAGCAGAUGUGAAGAGUGAACGAAUUGUAGUUAUAGGAGGCAGCGGCUUUGUUGGCUCUGCAAUAUGCAAGGCUGCAGUAUCAGAGGGUAUAGAGGUCACAAGUCUGAGCAGGUCGGGUCGUCCCUCUUACACAGGCUCAUGGGUGGAUCAAGUCAAUUGGAUGACAGGAGAUGUUUUCUAUGCAAACUGGGAUGAAGUACUUGUUGGGGCUACUGCAGUUGUUUCAAGUUUGGGAGGUUUUGGUUCUGACGAACAAAUGCAGAGGAUCAAUGGUGAAGCUAAUAUUGUAGCUGUCAAUGCUGCUAAAGAAUAUGGGACUCCUAAGUUCAUAUUUAUUUCUGUGCAUGAUUACAAUCUACCAUCAUUCCUCCUUCAAUCAGGCUACUUCACAGGGAAAAGAAAAGCAGAAUCAGAAAUUUGUUCCAAAUUCCCUAACUCAGGUGUUGUUCUUAGACCUGGCUUUAUAUAUGGGAAGAGGAAGGUUAACGGCUUUGAGAUCCCUCUAGAUUUGAUUGGAGAACCUCUUGAGAAAUUGUUACGUGCAACAGAAAGCUUCACUAAGCCAUUGAGUUCGCUGCCAGCAUCCGAUUUAGUUUUAACCCCUCCUGUUAGUGUGGAUGAUGUUGCUUAUGCAGUGAUAAAUGCUGUUAAGGAUGAUGACUGUUUUGGCAUUUUCACCAUUGACCAAAUCAAAGAAGCAGCAAAAGGAGCUAAGGUGUAAGAGGUUUACAUUUAAAAGAAAAACGAUAUACGUCUUGUAACGGAAGUGUUUGUGUAGAAUAUGUAAAAUCUCUGGCUUAUGCUAUCCAGAGCAGUGUAAAGUAUAUACAGUGCAGAUAUUGGACCUUUUGAUGCCAAAA